AUGACCGACCCGCCACCACCCAACCCGAACAAUGAGCAGCCUGCCACGACGACAUCUCGCAUUCACGUCACCGAGCCCCACUGGUUGCUUGGCGAGAGCACCAAGCAACAGCAGUGGACGCUCACUGGAAAUGCGCUGACCAUCACGAGCGGCAAGAAGGCCACGCUACACUGCGUCACGGAAGGCAAAGUCUGGCACGAGCGGGACCUUGGUAUUCAGCUGUGCACGGAAAGCGGGCACUGGUUACGCGGUACUGCGACCACGAGGUCUCAGUGGGCGAUGUGGUUGCAAGCAUUUCACGACCUCACUCCGCCCAAGGCGACUCAACCGUCGCCGUCGCGGGUCCAAUUCAGCAAUCACGUGCGAGUCCGGCGCAUUCCGUCCAUCACGGAAGAAGACGCCCCGCACCUGUACUACAGCUCUGUGGAAAUGGCAACCAUGUCCAAGGCCUUGUACGUCUGA